AUGAGGAAUUCACACCGACCUGCCAUCCCACAAUAUCUGUCAACGGUACCAAUGGCGUCCUUCAAUCCAACCGCCCUCCUUGCAGCGGGGAUUCUCCUCACCCUCACCUCCGCCCUCGAUGUCGACCGCACCCUGACACCUCCCAUGGGCUGGAACUCGUACAACCACUACUCUUGCUACGCCACUGAGGCAGUCAUCAAAGCCAAUGCCGAUGCCCUCGUCUCCCUCGGUCUCGCUGAUGUCGGCUACAACUAUGUUGUCCCCGACUGCGGGUGGAGCGCAAAGGAGCGUACUGCAGACGGGAAGAUCACGUGGAAUGAAACGUUCUAUCCCAGCGGAUAUCCGGCGCUCAUUGAAUAUGUGCAUGACAAGGGACUCAAGUUUGGGAUCUAUUCGGGGGCCGGAACGUGGCAGUGUCAUCCAGAGGCCGGGAAUGGGUACCAUAUCCAGGCGAGUUUAGGACAUGAGCAAAGUGAUGCGGAAACCUUUGCAGCGUGGGGCGGCGAUUAUCUGAAAUACGACAACUGCUGGGCUGACGGCGUUAACAAUGUUGUCUACUUCCCCAACGAGGACCCCUCGACGCGCUUCAAGACAAUGGCCAACGCCCUCGCCACCGUCUCCCGCGACAUCGUCUAUGCCAUCUGCCAGUGGGGUAUUGGAGACGACCUCCCCGAGUGGGCAGGGCCGAUUGGGAACUCGUGGCGCAUGUCCAACGAUAUCAUCAAUAACUGGAUCAGCAUUUUCCGUAUCACAAAUCAGGUCGUCCCGCUUUCAAAAUACACUUCCCCGGGGCACUACAACGACAUGGACAUGCUCAUGGUUGGUAACGGCGUGCUCACCGAGGAGGAGGCAAAGACCCAUUUCACCAUUUGGUGUGUGGAAAAGUCGCUGUUGAUGAUUGGUGCAGGACUGGAGGCAAAUCUACUGGACCCUGUGGCUCUUAAGAUCCUUAGCAACAAGGAGUUGGUAGCCAUCAACCAGGACUCGCUAGGCCAGGCGGCGAAGCUCAUGCGGAGGUUCACGCUGGAGCAGUAUGAUGUAUGGGCUGGAAACCUUUCGGAUGCCCGUACGGUGCUCAUGGUCAUAAACUGGGCGCCCGUAGCAAAGACUGUGACCAUCAAUCUUGCAGACGCGGGGAUCUCGAGCGCCGUGAAGGCGAGGGAUGUCUGGGCUGCCAGUGACCUUGGUGCCUUAGACGGCGUAUACAGUGCCGCUCUCGCUGGCCAUGGCGUGAAGCUGCUAGUAUUGGAACAGACAACACCGGCGGGUACAUAUGUCAACCCCAAGUACACAUCUUCCAACACAACAACCGCAUUCGCAAACGUCUACGCCCUCACCAGCAGCACCUACAACAUCGUCGUCACCAGCUCCGCCAGCUCUACCGCUGCCCGCACGAUCACCGUCAUCGCCGGCAACACGCGCCGCACAGUCAGCACCAUCAAAACUACCCUCGCCACCGCAUCCGUCUACUACUCCGCACAGACCGCGGCCCUCGCCGGUGGAGCCUCACUCAGCAAGUGCGCAGACGCCGACGGCUGCAAGCCCACAAACUACAAAGUCGGUAACCUCGCCGUCAGUUCGACCAUGACCUUCAGCGGCGUCUCCGGCGGCACGGUGGCCGGCUCCAAGUGGGUGUGGUUCGACUACAUCAACUACGACCUCGCAUUCGACCGCGCCUGGGACGGCAGCGGCACGAAUGUCAGGAACGCGACGUUUGCGGUGAACGGCGGAACGCCAAAGAUGUGGAGUUUCCCGAUCUCGGGGGGCGACUGGCAGGAUACGGGCAGGAUGGGGGUGCUACUAGAUGGGUUUGUGGCGGGGAGCGGGAAUACGCUGGUUGUGGGGGCGCCGGGGUGGCAGUAUGCACCGGAUGUGGUGGGGGUGGAAGUGUUGGCGUAG